CGCGAUCCCAAGAAAAAUCAUCGUGCAGGACGAACAAAUAGUGGCAAGCCACCGGACUCUCAGUCAGUCAAGGCAAUGAAGCUUAUCGGCUCAACAACCAGCAAGGGGCAGGUCAUUCCAUCCAGUACCUCCUGCGGGAGAAAACUCCAGAUCUAUUGCCCAUUGGAUGUGGGCUCGUUCGUCAUGCAAGGAUACAUACAGUUCGGCGUUAGUAUUCUCUUGGUCGGUUGAUAUAUCGACCGGUGGUGCAGAGCGCUUGGGAUGCAGGUUGUGGAGGGUCAGUCCUGAGAAGCGAGGAUAAAAGGAUACAAGUGCUCUCCAGCGACUAACUGGCAGGAUUGCCCCAUCCCGCGAAACCCAGGAUUCCUCUACCUUCUCCUCCGUCAAGAUGUUGGGAUAUCACACGGUACUGCUCCUUGCGCUGGGCUGCCUCUCUGCUAUCGUGGCCUCGUCACCACUGCCCGUGGCCUAUGCCAGAACGAGCCACAAGCUCGUUUCCAUCGUCAGAGAAGGCGAGAAUGCAUUCGAACCGGACACCCACAAACCGUCCAUGUUCUUCUUCAAUCACUUCGUGGAACACACUGUCAUCCCCAACAACAAACAAGACCACGCCGCCAGCUCCUCUUCUUCAUCUUCUUCUUCAUCCUCCUCCUCAUGCACCACCACCGCCUCCUCGGAUCCACUCCUCGUCCACUGGACAAAGGACUUCUACGGACGCUUCAUUGUAGAACGUCCCCGCACAACAGCCACAGACUGCCAUGGUCCGAAUCAUGGUCGACCCAAGCAGACGAGUAUCCUGUCUGCGCUCCGGAAUAGGGAGCGCGUCGUUGCGCCGGCAGCCAUUCUGUUCGUCAUGCUUUGGGUGGCCCUCAUAGGGGUCGGACUUGUCGAGGCUGUCAGUUAUCUGUGGGAGAAGUGGACUGGUGCUGAAGAGCUGACGACUGAGAAUGUGGAAGACGAGAAUGUCUGGGAUGACUUUACGAUUGGAGUUGUGCCGGUGGAGGACGGUGAUGAGGAACGCGGCGGGUUGGGAGACCUCAAGGUGGCUAUUUUUUGACGGAUUACGCUAUAUAUAAUGAAGUAUCAACAGCGUUGUUGGCUGUCGAUGGCGCUGAAAUGAUAUCCAAGUCGUUUA